AUGAAAAUUCUUCAAUUUGAAAAACAUAUUGAACAAACAAUUGUAUUUCUACAUAUAGAAUCAAUACCAAAUAAAAUUAAACAAUAUCGAUUAGCAUAUACGGAAUUUAUACGCGAACGAAAUUCAGAACCAUCAUUCAAUGAUUAUAUUCAUGAAUUAGUUGAAAAUGAACAAAAAUAUCCAUUAUUAAGUUUUUUUACUGUAACAAGAAGUGAUAAUGAUAUUAAUGAUGAAUUUUGUUCAAAAUUUUAUUUAUUACGUUAUGAAAAUGUUUAUCCUAUAACAGAUUUUGUUUUAAAACAUUUAGUCCAAUUUGAAAUUAUUCAACUAGCAUAUCCAAUUGUUAAUUUUACAAAUUAUUUAUUACAAAAAUAUAAUCAUCGUUUAUUACGUAAUGAAGCAGCAACAAGUGAUAUUCAAUAUUAUUUAACAUCAAAUGAUGAACGUCAAGUAUCUGAACAAUUUUGUCAAGCAUGGUAUCGAUUAACAUUAAAUGAAAUACGAUAUAAUUGUCAAAUAAUUAAAUUUUCUCGUGAACAAUCCAUUGAACAAUUUUCUAAGUCAACAAAAUUGGCAUUUUUCUUAUUAAAUGCGUCAAAAGACAAUAGUAGUAUAGCUAUACUAGGAUGUUUACAAACAUUAGCUAAACUUCAAAAUACAAUUGUCAAUUAUUAUCGACAAAUCGAUCAACCGGUAAAUGAACUUAUUGAAGAUGAAAAAAACGUCUACAACUUAUACAACCAUUAA